UCCCUUUCUCUUUAUUAUCAUCUCUUUAAUUUUUAAAUUUCCAUGCAUGGUUUGGUUCAGAUUCUUGGACAAAAGUUCUCUCUCUCUCUGUCAUUUCAUUUCUUUCGCAAUUACAGCUUGUAUUCCUUCGCUGUCUACAAGGAGUAGUAGAUCGAACUGGUUCUUGGGUCGGUGCAAACUUAAAAGAGGCUUCUCUAUCUUUAUCCGUAAUUGCGGAUCAACCUCAUGAUUUCAUUAAGGAAUUUGAUGGAAGAGAAACAGCUGGAUUUUAAUCAACCUCUUCUUUCUGUGAGGCGUUUUACAUCUACAGAAACAUCAUUCGAGACUAAUGAAAAAACCAGACCCGAAUCCAAAAUUCCUCCUCUUCCUGUUUAUAAAUCAGAAUUGAAAUCUGGUCCAGUGAGGAUUCCUGGAACUGUUCCUUUUUUGUGGGAGCGAACUCCAGGUAAACCCAAGGAUGAAAGCAGUACAAAUACUCAGAUUUGCAAACGGCCUCCACUUGUCCCGAAACUCCCACCCGGAAGGGUCCAAAAAGUAAACCAAGAAGUUCAUACUUCUGUAAAUGCGUCAUUAGAUGAAAAUGCCAGAGAAGAAGUUGAAGAGAUGACCAGUUGUAAGUCAGGAAACGACGAUGAAGAAGAAGAGGAGGAGGUUUACAGGGAUGCAAAUGAUAGAUUUUCUCGAUCAGAAUCCUUCUUCUUGAAUUGUAGUAUUAGUGGAGUGAGUGGAUUAGAUGAUUCAGAAAUUAAACCUUCAGAGGCCUCCUCUAUGGAUCCACAUACUCGUGAUUUCAUGAUGGACCGAUUUUUGCCUGCAGCAAAGGCAAUGGCAUCAGAAACGCCUCCACAUACUAUUAGAAAACAAACUGUAAGCACCGAGCGGCCUAGGGAAGUUAAAUUGGUGACAAAUAGGGAUAGGCAGAGUCGGCCAAACCUGCAUGUUCAGACAAAACAUGUAAAAGAAAUAUUCAUGGAAGAAAGUGAUGAUGAAGAUGAUGAUUAUGAUGAGUCUGGAUACUCUUCCACUCAGGGAUGUGGUUUUCUUCCUCGGUUUUGCUUAAAAGGUUCAUUUGGUUUAUUAAAUCCAGUACCUGGAAUGAGAAUGCAAGCCACUUCGGUGCGAAGAAUUCGUAAUAGCUCAAUUGGGUGUUCCAAGGAUGCUGUAAAUGAGAGACGACAAAUUCAUGGUCAAGGAAUAACUAAGCAGCAGCUGGAAGAAAAUGCAACUAAAUCCAGCAAAAACCAUGGCAAAAGUAAUAUUCAGGAAGGCGAUGCAUUUUCUUUAUACAGGCAUUUGCAGGAUGAGGACAUGUCCAACUACCCAAAUGAACCUUCCCAAGCUGUACAUGACAAUGUAAAUCCUUCUCUUGAUUACGCUGGGAAGGCUACCAAAUCUGUGACAAAUGAAUAUAAUGAAUCACGUAGAAGAAGCCUAAAUAGCUUUCAAGCAUUACUGAGUGACGAGUCGGGUUCAGCCAGUCCUGUUGAGAAAACUCUCUACAUAGAUUCUGUUCACAAAAUUAAAUCUCCACAUUCAAGUUCAAAUUCUUUGGAUGUGAAAGGGAUAAGUUACAGUGGAGAUAUGAUUGAUGAUACUUUUAUUAAAAGCACCGAAAUGAAAGAACUGUGUACACUGGAUUCUGCAACCCUAGAUGUCAAGAAUAUGAACACGGUAGGUGAAAAAAACAUUCCGAGACCUGACAGUUUGAAAUCUUUGGAUUCCUGCUUGCAAACUUGUUCCGAUAUAUCAUUGUUUAAGGUUAAACUGGAUACAAAUUACUCCAGGCUCAAACCAGAACAUACUCAGGAUGCUGCAAAGUUGACAAGCUCACGAUUUGCAAACAAGAAGUUUGAUCUGGAAAACCAAUUUCCCUUGAAACCAAGCAGCCGAUGCGAUUCCAAUGAUCUCACUAAAGAUAACACUAGGAAACAACCUGAGAAGUCAAGUUAUGAAGGGAAUAACGUAACUUUUCCAGAAUAUGGUAAGAAGCACGAGUUGGAUGAUGAAAAGAUUGGCCCUGUUGAGGCCUCCUCUGAUCUGAGAACUUCUGAAGGUGCUACCAAUGGAAAGGAUUCAAGAAAUGAAUUUCCCAAGAGGGUCGGUAAUGGAGAUGGUUCUUGCAAUGGCUAUUCACAGUUAAGGCUGCCUUUUGCUCCACCUCCACCAAAAUCUCCAUCAGAAUCUUGGUUGAAACGGACUUUGCCAACUUCUUCAAGAAACACAUCGUUUUUGCAGUCUUCUUUUGCAAUGCGAGUUAACCCCAUUUCCGUGACUACGUCUCCCAAUCACAAUAUGCAUUCUACCGUUAGAAACCCUGAUACCAACAACUUGCAUCUACAGUUUUCAAAGGAACUGCUGUCAUCUAUACCUGAAGUUUAGAAUAAUGGAAGAUGAUCUCCAAAUUUCACUUGGCUGUGAGUAUGCUUCACACCCAGCUGGGUUUUGAUAAGUUUUAAGGUCCUGAAAAUAUCAUCCUCACUUGAGGGUUAUAUUUUUCCUUUCUUUUUUUACAUGCUUCCAGUAUCGGUGUAAAAAAUUACUGUAAAUGGUCAUUUGUAGACAAAUCUGAUCAGUUGCAUGUUGUAAAUGUUAGUCAUUCCUGUAAAGAAACAAUGAUGAUCCGUGAUUUAUAUGGAAAAUAAAGGAGCCAUAUAUUACUUUUACAGAUUACAA